GUGACUGCCGGCAUCUCAGCAUGCGCAAUUUUCGCCACCAUGAAUUUGGCCCUGGCCAUCCUUUCUUUCUACGGCACUUUUCGGGCUGAUCGCUUCAUGUGAAAAGCUCGGGCCACCCAGGCCGUUUGGUAAUUGCGUCCAAUGAAGGGAUUCACAAGCCGCUGACCUUUUCGCCGGCUCCCUAGCCCCGAUUGGGCGUGCCCCUUUCAUUCUAAUUCUUCCGCCAAACCAAGCCGCAGACCCAAUAUGGGCCCGUUCUCUUUCCACUUGCUUUUCGUCAUCGCGUGGACCAGCACACCACCCACCACACUUAUAUCAGCCAUUCUGAUUUUCAACUUCCCAUUCCUCAUUCACUGCUCUCAUGUCCCGCCCAGUCUUCUCUGUUUUCGGUGCCACGGGCACUCAAGGCUCCAGCGUCAUCAACGCCAUUCUCGCCGAUGGUUCUUUCCAGGCUCGCGCCAUCACCCGCAAUCCGGCCUCGAGCGCAACGCAGGCACUGGUCAAACGCGGCGUGGAGGUCGUCCAGGGCGAUACGUGUGCCGACGUCCACACGCUGACCCAGGCGCUACGGGGCAGCAAAGCUGUGUUCCUCGUCACCGUCCUUGUGGCCUUUGGAGCCUCAGUAGACGAGAAGACGCAAGGUAUCAACGCUAUCGAGGCUGCGAAAAAGGAGGGGGUCGAGUUCCUUGUGUUCAGCUCUCUCCCCAGUGUCAUCGAAGUAUCGAAAGGAAAGUACAACGGGGUUGUUCACUAUGAUCACAAGGCUGAAGUGGAAAAGCACCUCAAAACCGCCGGACUCGCGCACGCGUCCAUUCUCACCGGCACGUUCUUGGACAACCUCUGGACGUACAAUUCACUGAAGAAAACGGAGUCAGGAUACGUACUCUCCGCUUCUUAUCCGUCUGAUGUCAAAGAGAUAUUCACCUGGAGCGGUCGCGACGUGGGCGUCGUGUCACUUGCCUUGACGAAAGCGUACUCCAGUGGAAACACCAGUAUAGUCGGGAAAUUGUACCCGAUCGUCAAUGCCUGGACCACCUUCUCUCACUUCAGCAAACUAAUCGAAGAGGCGCUUGGAGCUCCCGUGAAAUUCAUACAAGCACCUCCGACUGGGGUCCAGUCUCUCGACGAGAUGUUCGCUGCCCACGAGGAGUAUGAGGGCUUGUUGGGAGGGACCCCUAUUCCAAACCCAGAUUUUGUUGGGCUCGGCGUUCAGCUCGGAACUCUGGAGCAAUUUCUGGAGGAGGAAGUGAAGACCCGUUUUGCUGCUUAAGGUCAAACCAUGUAACAAGAUUACCGCAAUGUCUUCCUUCCAGAACAAAUCUCUGUGUGUCGGUAUCCAUGUGAAUGAUGUAUCAAUUACCUUUGCUCUCAGAGGAUGACACCAUGAUCUUAUGGAUGAUGACAAUGCAGGGGGACUUGAUUUUUUUCCAUGUAAAACGAGUAACAAUCUAGAAGUCUGACUUUCACCGUUCUGUUUUCAGACGAAAAAUAUAUAUUGAAA